AAACUAAAUUUUCAGAGUAAAGGAACAAACUGAAAAGCAAAAGAAGACAUAUAUGAAGCAAGUUGAAGACUGGCAGCAGUCGUGGCGGCUGGCCAGCAUGGUGUUGGUGGUGGUGCUCAUGACCAUGGCGGUUCCGGUGACAUCACAGCCAAGUGAUAGAAAUAGCACGCUGAUGAGAUAUUACUGUAGUCAGUAUAAAACGAUGCAUGAGAAGUAUUUCUUGAGCAACCUUAACGCCACCCUCUCUGACCUCCGUCGCCAGAUAUCCAUCAGCAAGUUUUCCGCGGCUCGCACUUUGCUCAAUGGUGAGUCUGUGUGGGGCCUUGCUUGGUGCAGGGCAUAUCUUUCCAUCCCAGAUUGUCUGGAUUGUUUCGACUAUGGUGUUGCUCAGCUAAAAUCAUGUGGGCUUGGCAAUGGUGCUCAUGUUAUUUACAGCGACUGCGAUGUCAGGUACGAGAACAAUAACUUCUACACUGAGGCUAAUAAUCGGGCAGGUGUGGUUGUAUGUGGCAACAUAACAUCAUCUGAGCCAGCAGAGCUCAGAAAAGCGGCAGAAGGGUUGUUAUUAGACCUUCAAAUUGCAAUACCGAGAACACCGAAUUUCUAUGGAGCUUCAACAAGGAAAGUAGCUGCUAGAAAUGCUACCGUCUAUGCCAUUGCUCAAUGUAAUCUAAAAGUAAGCCAGAGCGUUUGUCUAGAAUGCUUACAGUUGAGAUCCACAUCUCUAUAUGAUUGCAUUCCUAAUACUGAUGGGCGGGCAAUGGAUAAUGGAUGCUUUAUGCGGUAUUCCACAACUCCAUUUUUCGGGCAAAACCAGACAACUGAUAUUCAGUCUUUUCUUUGGGAUGAUGAUUCCAGCAAGAAGAGAUCAUAUAUAAUUGGGGGAGUUAUUGGAGGUGUAAGCUUUCUGUUGCUUCUACUUGCAUUUUUCUUAUGGCAUCGCAGAUCAAAGAAGAUGGGUAGAGACCAACAAGAUAGAUCAACAGUAUCAACCCAAUUGCUGCAAGGUCCGGGAACAUAUAGCUACAAUGAUUUAAAAGUAGCCACAAAUAAUUUCAGUGAUGAGUGCAAACUUGGAGGAGGGGUGUUUGGUGAAGUAUAUAAGGGAACUCUCAAGGAUGGGAAUGCGGUUGCGAUUAAAAAAACCUUUAUGGCCUCUAGUGGAGGAAAGAAACACUUCCAUGAUGAACUUAAGAUCAUAAGUAAUGUUCAUCACCGGCAUCUUGUACGUCUUCUAGGAUAUUGUACCAAAGGCACCCACUUAUUUCUUGUCCAUGAGUACAUGGAAAAUGGUAGCCUUGAUCAAUUCUAUGGUGACAGAGCAAGGACUCUAAACUGGAAACAAAGGUUUGAAAUAAUAUUUGGGACAGCAAGGGGCCUUGCAUAUCUACAUGAACAGUACCAUGUUACGAUCAUCCAUAGAGAUAUAAAAACAAGCAACAUUCUACUUGACAGUGAAUUUCAGCCCAAAAUUGCAGAUUUUGGGCUGAUGAGACUACUACCAGAAGAUAAGACUCAUCUCAGCACCGAAUUUGCAGGGACUUUGAAUCAUUACCUAGCACCCGAAUAUGCCAUUCAUGGACAAUUAUCUGAGAAAGUUGAUACAUACAGCUUUGGCAUUGUGGUCCUUGAAAUCCUUAGUGGAAAGAGGUACAAGGAUGCCAUAGAUGAUAAAUCAGCGACACAAAGCCUCCUUGAUCAUGCUUGGAAUCUGUACGAGAAUGGUACACAUUUGAAUCUAAUGGAUGACAAAAUAGAUCCUAGUGAAUAUGCAGAUGAAGAUGCAACAAAAGUCAUAGAGAUAGCAUUGAUAUGCACUCAGUCACCAGUUUCAGCUAGACCUGCAAUGUCUGAAGUGGUUACGCUUUUAAGUGACAAAUCACUUGAUGAAAGACCACCAGUAAGGCCUACCAUUUCGGACGAUGAGGUGAAGAUUCAAGUUGCUAGCAUAGAAUCAUCCGCCUCCAAUGCGACUGCCUCCACCGUUCAACUUUCAGGCCGCUAAAUUUUCAAUUUCUACAAUAUUGUCUAGUUUUAAAUUAUGUGGAUGUAUACAAUAAGAUCAUCACAAAUAAAGUUCAUGCCAUUCCGCUCUAACAAGAUGAAUCUUUCCGGCCGUCAGUGUUAUCUCCUUUCGUCAA